AUGGCAGAAGCAUUGCAACCAGUCUCUGAGCACCAGAAAACCCCAAUGCCAAGAUCGCAGCAGCAGCAGCAACAGUAUCCGUACGAGCAAUCGUGCAGUAGCAUUUCGCGCACUCUUUCAUGGAGCAGCAACAAAAGUCUCAGCAGCACCGCACCAUUGGGUGACAUUCCCGUACGUGAAGCGAUGUAUACAUCAACACCGGUGAGCAGUCGAACGACCAACGACAAGACUACGCCAGUCACUUUCAUGAUGCGACCAGACGCCGACUACACUCCGAACUCAGGCUUCAACCAGACUUGCGUUAGCCGCGAGGAAUACGUUAAAUGGAAGAGAGAUGCGGAUCAAGAAGCGAACGUCCAUAUCGUCGUUUAUCCAUCGAAACAUCUGGAAAUGCAGCGUUUCCCGAAUAAGGUCUUCCACUACCUUUACGAAACUGGCAAUAAUGCUAAGGAGGACGCAGCUGUGCAAAUUGGGACUCCGCGUAAAGAUCACUGCUCGGCAGCCAAGGAAGCAAUUGUCACUCAAUCCCCGGAGGACACGAGCCGAGCCGUCUCUGUGCUCAAUGUGAUGUUACAACGGCGCUUGAAUGGCAGCGGGAAUCACAAUGGUCCUACUACGAAGGAACGCUCAAACGGCUUAUGUUUGACACCAACGGCACCGCCGUCAAGCCAGUCGACACAGCGAGUUUUGUACUUGCGCACCAGUCCGGUACGAUUCAUUUAG